UUCUUCAUAUUUCCGUUCAAAUUAAAAAUUCUUUUUUACAAACGAUUUUUUAUUAGGUAAACGAAAAAGGAAACAAGCAAAAAUAUAAAUUAUAUUAAGUAGAAAUAAAACAAAAUACAAAUUUUGCGGAAACUCAGAACCAUUUUCAACUGGCACAAAAAAUCUAUCGAGCGUAUCAAAAUUCUGGUGGCCUGAUGGACGUAAUUAUCGAUCACAUUUUGCAUUUUCUACAAUUCGAUGUGACCAGCAUUUUCGAAAAGGAGAGAUGUCUUGAAAAUGUCUAUGAGCCACACCCACAUAUCACAAAAGACGAAGAAAUGAUGCAAUGUGACGAAGAUGAGGAUUUUGAUGACCCAGAUAACCAAUUGGGGGAUUUUUGCGAGGAACUGAAGCAGAUGGAGAUUGAAGAGAAUGAAUGCUGUAGCAAAUCAAAACAGUCACAAGUAAGGCGGAGUGAAUGUGCGGCAGAAAGUGAAUGCCUGCUGGAUGACGUGAAAGAC